AUGGAGCAGACAUUCAUGACAAUACACAACUUGACUCCGGAUGCCAAUAUCCUGUACGCGUCCGAGUCCAUCGUUGACAUCCUCGGCUACGCUCCCCGAGAGGUCCUCGGCAGGUCCAGCUUUGACUACUUUCAUCCGGAUGAGGUGCCAUUCGCUCGCUCCGUCCAUUGUCGCGGUGUUCUUCUCGACAAGGCUGCGGUUCUUCACUAUGCCCGCAUCCUCUCUCGCGAUGGCCGCUGGGUAAGCUGCGAGUGCUGCUUUACCAUCGUGCACGAUGUUCUGGUUGCUUGCACUAGCAUCUAUCGGCGCGGCGAGAGGAGUGAGAGACGCGCCAUUGAGGCACCCCAGAUUCGCCGUCUCUUCUCCUGCUCGCCUAGAGACCCGCGCUACCACAUGCUGGAGCAUCUUUCUCCCAAAUUCAAGAUGCCUCCCGUGGAGCGCGAGCCUCGAGCUGCUCUCAUUCUGAAUCGCUUCACCCGAACUCUCUCAGUCAUGUUUGCAACUGAGGCUGUCAAUUCCAUCCUGGGCGUGUCGGCUGAGCAAGUCCUUCAUAAGAGUUUCUACGAGUGCAUUCGGGAAACCUCCUUGGAUGAUGCUUUCAAUUGUCUUGAGAGCGCAAAGGCCAACGACUCCAUUGCUUACCUUCGAUUCUGGUCCAGGGAUCCCCGCCGGGAAGAGGACUUCGAGAACGAUGAGAGCGAGAACGACGGCGAUGAUGACGAAGACGCAGAGGGGGAGGAGGAGGAGGACGCCGACGAGGAAGACGAAAGGGACGGACCUCAAAUGGACCUACAGAAUGUCGAAGCGCGGAAUGAAGGACGACAGUCUGUAAAGGGGGACCACGUACCAGAAAGUCGACGUUCGAGCGAUUCCGAAGGAGGGGGUGUUAAGUUGGACAUCGGUAUGGAUAUCGACUCACACCGGAAACCCAGCCCACCAAUCAAGACCGAACCAGAUAUCGAAAUGACGGACGGGAUACAUUGCCUAUCGGAACCAUCCAUGGCUUCACGAACAGAAAGCUCAGCAUCUCUUACAUCCGCCUCCGUUGCCACUCACGUACACACUUCUAUUUCGUGGGAGUCUUCAACGACUGAAGGCCCUUUCGAACCCCAUCCUUUGAGGAGGUGUCGCCGCAGAAGACGACAAUUAGCCCCCUCCGUUGAGAUAGAGGCUGUUGUAUCGUGCACAUCUGAUGGCCUUGUCGUCAUUCUCCGCCGAGCGAGGCCACAGAUACCAAAUCUCCACCCUCCUCUCGUUCCAUCCGGGUUUGAUAACGGCCUGUUUGCGGCGCCUUGGGGGCAGCGGCCCAUUCAACCUCAGUGGUCGCCUGAGCUUUUGUACACCUUUCGACCCCCACUUUUGCCUCAGAACAUGCCGCUACGAGAAAACAUCAUAGCUGCUGGUGGUCCGCCCAUCGAUCAACUCAUGAGUUCGAUCCGAGAUGUCGCCGUAUUUGCUUGGGCUCUUGUGGGAAUCAACGGGAAAAUGGCGUCGUACAGCCGUGGCCUCCCGAUGGGCGAGGCACAACCCCCGGAUGGCCUCCCUAUUUGGGAUCCUAGUAUGGCACAAUCAACAUACCUAGGACCCGAGAACCAAGCUGCUCAACGCUGGAUGAGCCAUGAGGACCCCAACGAAUCAUCACUCCGACGCGCCGAGCCAUUUUCCACGGAGUUUUCGACGGAGCGACCAAUCGACAACAGUCUACUUUUACCAGAACACGAAAAUUAUUCUUUCGGGAACGGAAGCCAGUGGUUGUUUCAGAGACCGUCACAAGUGCAGUCAUCAUCUUACACACCCCAUCACACAUAUAACCCAAAUCUUAAUAAUGAAGGCCAACUGCGUUCCCGCCAGGGGAUUCCAUUUGAUCAAAGGGCUGGUGUCACACCUCAGUCAACAGGCGAAUGGAAUGGGACAACGAAUACCACGGGGACCCAUCAGCUGCCUCCAGAGGCAGGAGAAGAACCUCAGCACCCUCGGCACAAUUGGUACGCCUGA